AUGGAAUCAAUGAAAGAACUUUUAAAAAGCAAAAGAAACGUUAAUUUAAACAAAAGAGAUGAGAAAUUGCUGGUCGAGUUGGUGAUAAAAUACCAACUAGUUAUGGAAAAUAAAAAACCGUGAUUGGUAAGUAUAUAUUAUUUAUGUUAUUAGCAUUGUUUUUUUAAAAUAAAAAAAGAUUUUUUUUUUAGCUAUGCCUGAAGAAUGUGAUGACUCUACAAAUCUUGUUGACGUUAUUGCUGAAUAAAAUUUGGAUAUUAUACACAAGUACAGAGGCUUAAUAAGUUGAAUUAAAUAUAUAAAAUAAUCUAAUCUAACUAGUUGUUUUUAGUAUUAAUUAAUGAACGAAAUAUUUUACAUAUUUCGAACAAACAAGUUUUUAUGUUUAUAUUUUAAACUAUAAACAAAAAAUUAACUUCUACUUUAACUUAAGUUACUAUUUUCACGAAACUAACUUCUAAGUUAAAAAUUUGGAAAAUUUCAAAAAUUAACUUAUAUUCUAGCUUGGUUAGUUUUUGUAUUAAAGUAACCUUAACUUAACCUUAACUAGUUAAAUAAAAUUACUAAAUUGCCCUGCUUUAAAUGUUGUUAUACAUUACAUUUAUAAUAUUAUUAUUGAUAUAAAAUCGACUUAUUUGGUAUGUUUUGUACGUAUCUUUUUUUUUAAAAUAAUUUUCUUCUAUUAACUUAAAGAUGACCCUGAACCUCCUAUACAGUCAACUACAGUUUAUAUAGUUGCAGCUAGUAUACUUAUUGACAAACAACUGACAUUGCUUAUUGAUAAAGGUAUGUUUGACUUAGAUAUUUGUACAAUAAUAUAAUAUUAUAAAACUUAUAUAAAUCUUAAAAUGUUCUUUUCUCAAAGUUGCAAGUACCAGUUGA